AAAAAAAGUCUUUUAAAUUUUUUCAUUGGACUCUCAAGAACAGAAUCAAGGUUUUUCUUGCAGUUCUUGUGACAUCGAAGAAGAUUGAGAAGACCAAAACAUGUCUGACAUGUCUGUCGUAAUAAACGCGAGGAUGGUGGCGUUUGUGAUACACGCGCUCGCCGUGGUCGUGUCGGUGAUGGUGUUUGUUUGGUCAAUCAGUUACAGAGGUGGAUUUGCGUGGGAAUCUAAAAACAAAACACUCAUCUUCAAUCUUCAUCCUGUUUUGACGCUCAUCGGCUUAGUAUUUCUGGGAGGCGAAGCAAUUAUAAGUUACAAAUCGCUUCCAUUUGAGAAACGAGUGAAGAAAUCGAUCCACCUUGUUCUCCACGCAAUUGCUAUCAUUCUUGGAAUCAUUGGAAUCUAUGCUGCUUUCAAGCACCAUAACGAGAAACACAUCCCAAAUCUCUAUACCAUCCAUUCUUGGAUUGGUAUUGGUAUCAUUGUCCUUUAUGCCCUCCAGUGGAUGUACAGCAUUAUAGUCUUCUUGUUCCCAAGAGUAUCAUCAACUCUCAGAAGCAACUCUCUUCCGUGGCACGUUUUUCUCGGCGUCUUUGUCUAUGUUCUUGCUGUUGGAAACUCGGUUUUAGGGUUUCUUGAAAAGCUUACUUUCUUGGAAAAGUCAGGGCUUGACAAGUUUGGAUCAGAAGCGUUUCUUGUCAACUAUAUGGCUAUUUUCACUGUUCUGUUUGGUACUUUGGUGCUUCUCAUUGUUUUCUCCAAGUCUCCUCCUACUGCCGAUGAAGAUAACUUUAGCUACUCAGCUAUAUGACCUCUUUAAUAUUACUUUCCUUUCAACUUUCUUUGUCUUGGUUUCUUCUGUGAGAAGUUUUCUAUUAUUGGUGUUGAGACUUUGAUUGAAAUAAUAAGACUAAUUUUCCUUGUAA